CCGGGGAACGUCACAGGUUGCAUGACAGAACGGAAAACAUAAAAACGUCAGAAAAAUAUUAAAUGGUGCAAAUGAGAAAACCUUUUAAAAAGUUUUAAUUUUAACAUUUUAGCAAACAAAAACUAUUAGUUCGUUAUGGCUGGUUCUGCGCUGAGGCGCCUUAUGGCCGAGUAUCGCCAACUUACGCUUAAUCCAAUAGAUUCGAUUAUUGCUGGACCAAUCAGCGAGGAGAAUUUUUUCGAAUGGGAGGCACUCAUCACAGGCCCGGAAGGAACCUGCUUCGAGGGUGGGGUGUUUACGGCAAAACUCGUCUUUCCGCCAGACUAUCCUCUGAGUCCACCAAAAAUGCGAUUCACCUGUGAGAUGUUUCAUCCAAACAUUUUUGCUGACGGUAGAGUUUGUAUUUCAAUAUUACAUGCCCCGGGGGACGAUCCACUUGGAUACGAACUAUCGGCAGAGCGCUGGAGUCCGGUGCAAAGUGUAGAGAAAAUACUUUUGAGUGUCGUUAGCAUGCUUGCAGAACCGAAUGACGAAUCUGGAGCGAAUGUGGACGCAGCAAUAAUGUGGCGCGAAAACAGAGAUGAGUUUAACAAAAUAGCCAAACGCAUUGUGAGAAAAUCUUUAGGUCUGCCUUCAUAAAAAUAAAAACAAGUGAUUAUUUAA